CCCAGGCGUCCGUUCCUGCCAUCGUCACCAGCCUGGCCAUUCCGGAGAAUGAGAAUGUCCAAGACAGUCCGCAGUCCGCCAAACCGGGCUUCCUGCGCUCUUCGCAGUCCUUUCCCAUCGGUCGGUGCUUAUGACGCUUUACAGUCCCCCUCCUGCUGACCGACGAUCAGGCUCGCUGCCCUCCGAUCGGGCCUCUGCCUCCAGUGGCAAUCCGCUCGACGCUCGUCGCAAUUCUCGUCCCGUCAACGGCCGAACCUCCGUCUCCUCGCCCACCGUCUACGAGACCAGCGCCGACGCCAGCGCCAUCGAUCCCUUGUCCCAGGUAUCUUCUCCGUCGAUCCCGUUCUCACCGGGAUCCCCGGGUCGCUGACAGACCGUCUAGCAUAUCAUCAAGCGCACCAAUACCCACAAGUCCAUUCCCUUGAAACUCCUCGGCAGAGCCUCCUACGAGGCCGACCAUCCCAGCCCCGUCGAACAGGGCCCAACCCGGCCAGAUGUCGUGCCACCCCAGAAGCCCGCCAGAGAGAAGAAGUGAGUCGCCUGAUAAACCCCCCUCCCCGCCGUUGCAACCGAGGCUGACGGCCUCUUCUCUCUCUCUCGCCCUCCCGCAGAAAAGGUGUCUCCUUCCUCAGCCGCAUCAUCGGCGGCAAGAAGAAGGGCCAAUUCCUCGAGGACGAAGACGAUGCCUCCGAACCGGAUACUGCCCGCAUGGAGGCCGACACCGCCGCUCAGCCGAUCGGAUU